AUGGAUCGCGACUCCAAGAAACCUGGUGUAGCUUUGCCGGCGGCGACGGGUAACGCUGCGGCGGAGACAUCUCUCGCUCCUGGCUUCCGAUUUCAUCCAUCCGAUGAAGAACUCAUUAGCUAUUACUUGAAGAGGAAGGUUCAGGGCAAACUCAUGCGUUUGGAUGCUAUUGGAGAAAUCGAUAUUUACAAGCACGAGCCUUGGAACUUAGCAGAGCAUUCGAAGUUGAAGACAAGGGACAAAGAAUGGUACUUCUUCAGUGCCUUGGAUAAGAAGUAUUCCACUGGUACUUCUGUAAAGCGAACGACAAAGCAAGGCUACUGGAAUGUCACCGGAAAAGACAGGGAAAUCCGCAGAGGAGACAGUGAGGUGAUCAUUGGUAAGACCAAGAUUCUUGUGUUUUACAAGGGGCGUGCUCCACACGGUCGGCGAACUAAUUGGGUGAUGCAUGAGUAUCGCCUCGCUGAAGAUAACAAAUCCCUUAAGGUAAAUGCGUACGUAUUGUGUAAAGUUUUCCUCAAGGAAAACCCCGGGGAAUGUAUUGGAAGCAGAUAUGCACCAUUCUUGGAACAAGAGUGGGAUGAUGAUGGUGAAAGAGCUGUGACCCCUGUUCCACUUGUUGUACAGAUCGACAACAACAACAAGGAACAUCAUGAUGAAGCACUGAAGAGAGCACCAUUGCCUCAUUGUGACCUCGACAAAGAAGCUCCAUUGCCUCAUUGUGACCUCGACAAAGAAGCUCAAUUGCCUUUUUGUGUCCUCAACAAAGAAGCUACUUUGCCUCUCGUCGGAGACAAACGCAAGCGUGGAAUCGACUCAAGUGGAAACUCCAACAGCUCAAGUCAAACCACUCAGGACCAUUGUGCCUCCACAGAAGAAACAAGUGUUGACACUGGUGCCGCUGAGUCGCUGCAGAUCUUAGAACAACUUAAGAGCUCAGUCGCCAAUAUGAUCGAUGAUCUGCAGAACGAAAAAGAACCAGUAGCUAAAAAGGUGUCUGCAAGCAAAAGAGUCGAGGAUCUGCUGAAGGAGAAGGACAAGAUGGUAUUGUUGAGAAAGACGCAAAAGCGUGAAAUGAUGGAGGCAGAAAUGGUGAUAAACUUUCUUGAAGAUAAGAUUAAAACGUUGUGUAUGGAGAAUAAGGAGCUAGAGAAGAACAAAAGUAACAAGAGACAACGCUCUUCUUGA